AUGAGAAGGGAGUCUGACCCGAGACGGCCGAGGCUCAUGCUGCGAGGAGAUCGGACGGCUAGGAGGCCGAGAGCCGAGCAGAGACCAGGGGGAUCUGAGAGACGUGCUCUGGGUUCCGAAUGUACUUACCGAGACUUUAGAUUAUUCUUACGGAACUUCCAGGACCUGGCUCAAAUGAAACAAGUUGUUGAAGGCUUGACCUUGAUGCUGAACUACCAGUCUCAGAAUGGGAGAGUGCCACCCAGUGCCCCUCCAAGUGUCCCCAUGGCACCAGGUGGGCCUACGCUAGCAUAUUCAACAGUGCCCGGCAACUACAACCCAGGAACACAGCCUGGGAUUCAAGCAAAGUCGGAUAUCAGGAUUACGAUGACACAGCAGGACCUCCUUGCAUUAAUCACCCGGGCCUUGGCAUCUGAAUUUAUGCAAAGCAGAGAUCGGGACUCAUCAUAUACUAGGGAUGUGAAUGGCGCAAUAGCACGAAGAGAGGGGCUCGAGCAGGAAGAACCGAGCACUCCACCUGUUCCCAGAGAGCAGCUUGAACGAUUCUCAGAGGAUCCUCUCAGGGAUAUAAUGUGUUGUGAUGUAUGUGGGCUUCAUUAUAACAAGGAUGACAGAAAACCAAUCAUUUUACCUGAUUGCGGUCACACUUUUUGCAGGCGCUGUCUCAUAACAGCAAGCAGAAACAUGGAACUGCGGUGCCCAACCUGCCGAAGAGGAUGUAGAGUUCCUGCCGAACACCUGCCACCAAAUUAUACAGUACUCUCUCUUGUGGCAGAGGUAAAUUCAACAGCUGCAAUCAAUGGAACCCCCUCGGCUACUACUAAUCCAUCCAGCAUGAAUGAUGAUGAACAGAUGAAAUAUGUCCUGGAUCUCUCUCGCAAGCUAUAUGAAGAAGAACAGGACCUCCUCCUUGCACAACAACUGCAGGAGGAAGAAAAUGCCAAGGCAAUGAUGAAGGGGAAGAAAGGCAAAACUUCAAAAUUGCAUGCUUGGGAGGAUGUAGACCAGGAUGAUGUAGAUCAACCAUAUCCAUGCAGGCAGAAUCAUGGGAGAGAUGAAGGAGGGCAAGAUGCCAUGAACGCCUACUAUUCUGCACGCCGUCUCAUGGAGGAAGAGGAUGGAGAACUCGACACAAGGGUGCCAUACCAUCAGCAGCAUGAUAGUGUCCUGGAAGAUCAUGAGAGCUACCGCCAUGAUGCAAAUCCAGAACGGGGUGUCGAAUUGGAAGACGAAGGAUCUGGCUCAGAUGAAGAUGCACAAUCAUGGGGUGAAUCUAAUUCACUCAGAUUAUACAGGAGUGAUGUGGGAAGAGAAUCCCCCACUCCUGCUGAAAGCAUAAAUGAUUUGCAAAGGGAAACUCACUCACAUAGAGAAUGUAUGACUGAUGUUGGAAGGGAAUUGCAGACACCUGGAGACAGCACAUAUGAUGUUCGAAGGGAACCUCACGCACCCAGAGAAAGUAUGGACGAUAUUCAGAGGGAAUCUCAUAGGCCUGGAGAAAGCACAUAUGAGCAAAGGGAAUCUCACGCACCCAGGGAGAGCAUGGGUGAUGUUCACAGGGAAUCCUUUACACCUGGGGAAAACAUAAGUAAUGCUGGAAGGGCAUCUUGCUCAUCAAGGGAUAGCAUAAAUGAUGCUGAAAGAGAAUCUCAUACACGUGAUGAAAGCUUGUCCCCAGUUUGCACACCUACAGAAAACAGAAACAACAAAGGAAGGGAAGCUGACAGCCCCAAAGACAACACUGGUGGUGCUAGAGGCACUUCAUACGCAAAACACUCGUACAAGAAGCCAAAAGAGGGGUCAUUGGAGUUGCCCCCAAUGGAGAAAGAUCUCGAGCACUAUAUAGACACACAUUUUUAUGGGAAGGAUGGACGAAAAAGCAAGUCUGCCAGCUUGGACGAGGAGACCAGAAGCAUGUUGGCUCGAGCUCUAGAACGGGAACAACAGGAGAGAGAAGGGAGUCACAAGAGGAAGGCACGCAGGCUAUUGAAGGAACAAGAACAGAUCGACUUGGCAAUUGCUCUGUCACGAUCACUCCAGGACGCCAGUGGAAACGACGAUUCAGACAAAGACGAAAAGGAGAAGGAAAAUGAGGAAUAGAGUUUACCCUGUGUUAUAGAUUGAGGUUGUGUCAUUAGCUGCCGAAAUGGAAUGAGCACAAACGAAUUAUGUAUAUUUUGUGAACAUGUUUUGAAUAGUUUGGUUCUUUCACUCCUUAGCUUUGCUCCCCCCCCCUCUCUCUCUCCCUCCUUCCCUCUCUCUCUCUCCCUCCUUCCCUCUCUCUCUCUCCCUCCUUCCCUCUCUCUCUCUCCCUCCCUCCCCCUCUCCCUCUCCCUCUCCCUCUCCCUCUCCCUCUCCCUCUCCCUCUCCCUCUCUCUCCCACUAUCGACAUCUCCCUACCCCUUACCCAGCACACAUCUAAAUGUAUUAACCUGUAGAGUAUGUUUACUUGCUUCAUGGCUUAUUUUAAAGCAUAUCAAAAAUAAUUUGAAGGACAUUUCUCAUAUGUCUUGCCAUAUUUGAAAUUUGAUUCAGUUUUAGCAGCAUAUAUGAAGUGGAAAUUAUUUAAGUUGACGCGCCAUAUUCCCAGACAAGCUACACUUUGUUGUUUUAUGUUUCCAUCUUAUUCAUUUCAUUUUCUUUCUUUUUUUCUUUUCUCCCUUUCUGCUAGACAGUAUUAUUAA